GGACUAGUUCGGGACGGUGCCUAUCUCUAUCUCACAUACUUGUCUUUAUCUAUGGUGCGGUUUUAAAAACAAUUAAUAAGAAUACCUAGAUCUUCUCGUCCUUGUCUAUGCCUAGGCCUAUUACAAGUUACGUAAUUCGAUACUCGUCUAUCUAUGAAUUCAAUUAAGUCCAUCAUAAAUCACCAAGUGACAGACACAAGACAUUGAGAUUUACAUGAACAAUAGUAGGUAUGUCUUUAUCUAUGGUAGGUAUUCGAAGGUUUACUUACCUUCAAUGUUGUAGCCAGUCCUGCUUCAGCAUAAUUUCUCGCGGUGUUUACCAAACGCAAAAAAUGGGUGAAAAAGUGAAUGUGGACAAAGAGGAAUUGAGAAAAAAGUUAACACCUGUGCAGUAUCACGUUACGCAAGAAAAGGGAACUGAAAGACCAUUUUCAGGGUGUUAUAACAAAGUAUAUGAUGAAGGCCUUUACGUUUGCCUAGUCUGUGAACAACCUUUAUUUAGUUCAGACACAAAAUAUGAUUCCAGUUGUGGAUGGCCUGCAUUUAAUGAUGUUUUAGAUCAGGGUAAAGUGAAACUUACCCCGGAUACUAGUGGAGUUGGAGCAAACCUUUUACUCCUCAUAUCCCAACCAGGCCGCAUCAGGACUGAAGUGACAUGCUCACGAUGUGGGUCUCAUCUCGGACAUGUUUUCAAUGAUGGGCCGCUACCCACCAAGAAGAGGUUUUGCAUCAAUUCGGCGUCUCUUAACUUUCUUCCACAUAAAUCUAAGGAUGGUGAUAGUUAAAAGUGAUGAUGUCUCAUUUUCUCUAUAUUUAUUUCAAAAGCGCCAGUUCAGUUGAUCAGAUGUUUCUACUAAAACUUGUAUCACAUAUAAUUUCACCAAGCUGUUAAAGCUCCGUAAAAUAUUGUCAAUAAUAUAUAUGUAUGUAUUUAUUUUAAUAUGUACACUAGGCUUUUAGAGAGUAACCUCGUUGUUGUAGGCAUUCGAAAUAAAUUGUUGAACCAUUA